AUGGCAUGCCUCUCUCUCUUCUUCCAUGCAGUAAUAGCAGUCUUGUUAUGGCCCCCUACGCUUGCCGGAAACCACACUGAUCACCUUUCGCUCUUGGCCAUCAAGAAGUGCAUCAGCAAUGAUCCACAACGAGUUCUUGACACAUGGAACACCUCCCUCCAUUUCUGCCAAUGGCAAGGUGUUACAUGUGGUCGCCGCCAUCCUAGAGUCACCAAAUUGGAUCUUGGAUCUAGAGGCCUUUUUGGUUCCUUGUCUCCUCAUAUUGGGAACUUGACCUUUCUCAGAGUCAUAAGUCUAGGGCAUAAUACCUUCAAUGGUGUAAUCCCACCUCAACUAGGUGGUUUAUUCAGAUUGCAGAGGCUAAUUCUCAUGAACAAUACUUUUGAAGGUGAAGUUCCGGCCAGUUUGUCAAACUGCACUAGCCUCAACGAACUUUGGUUGGCUCGCAAUAAACUAGUUGGCAAGCUCCCACAACAGCUUGGUUCGCUGGUGAACCUCAUGAUCCUAACCCUUCAUGCUAACAGUUUCACGGGAGGAAUACCAUCUUUCUUGGGAAACCUAACUUCUCUUGAAGCCAUAUCAGCCUUCGACAAUCGUCUAGGAGGAAAUAUUCCAGAUGCUUUUGGUCAAUUGUACAAUUUGCAAAAUAUGGGUUUUGGUAAGAACCAACUCCAUGGUAUGAUCCCUCCAUCCUUGUACAAUUUAACAUCUUUAACGGUUCUUAGUCUCCCAGAUAAUCAAAUCAGUGGAGGUCUAUCAAAAGAUAUAGGCUUGCAGCUACCUCAUCUUGAGAUUUUCGAGAUAUGGGGAAAUAGACUUACAGGAAGCAUACCGUUCUCACUUUCUAAUUGUUCACACUUGGAAGAGCUUAGCUUAGCUGAGAACAGUUUCACUGGGAAAGUUAACAUAAAUUUCAGACACAUACCAAAUUUUAGUCAUCUUGGGCUAUUUAACAACAGUUUAGGAAGUUCUGAACCUGAUGAUAUGAACUUCAUUGAUACCAUGAUCAAUUGUAGCAACCUAGAACUGUUACUUGUUCAUCAAAACCAAUUAAGAGGAGUUCUUCCUAGUUCUUUAGGCAAUCUAUCAUCUCAACUUACAGUUCUAUCUUUUCAUGAAAACUUAAUACAUGGCUUAUUGCCUUCUGGGAUUGGGAAUCUUGUGAAGUUAGAGCGAUUAAUUAUGGAACGUAAUCAAUUCACAGGCAUAAUUCCUAGUGAAAUUGGUAAUCUUCAAAACCUAAGACUAUUAUACCUACAUGAAAACAACUUCACUGGGAGCAUUCCAGAUUCUGUGGGAAAUAUGUCAUUGUUGAAUGAAUUGUGGUUGAAUGACAAUAGAUUAGAGGGACAAAUACCUCGAGAUCUUGGUAACUGCAGACGUUUGGUAACGUUGGACCUUUCUGGAAACAAUCUUACUGGUCCAAUACCGAAAGAGCUAUUUCAACUGUCGUCCCUGUCGAUCAUACUAAAUCUUGCUCAAAACCAUUUAACUGGACUAAUUCCCCAAGAGAUAAGAAACCUCAUUAACUUGAAGACACUUGAUCUAUCAAAGAAUGAUUUGGUCGGAGAAAUCCCAGAUGCCAUUGGAAGCUGCAAAAGCCUUGAAUACCUAGAUAUGAAAGCAAAUUCCUUUGAGGGUCCAAUACCUCUCAGGAUGAGUAAUUUAAAAGGUAUCAGGAUCCUUGAUCUUUCUAGUAACAAUAUCUCCGGACGGAUCCCAAGACCCUUAGAGCAACUAACUUUAUCUUUGUUGAAUUUAUCAUUUAACAAUCUUGAUGGGGAGGUACCAAUGGGAGGUAUUUUCAAGAAUGCAAGUGUGAUCUCAAUUGAUGGGAACAAUAGGCUAUGUGGAGGCGUUCCUGAACUUCGGUUACCCAAGUGUGACCUGGUAGCAAGAUCAAAGAAARGUUUCCAUGUUAUUCUAGUUGUCAUCCCACUUUGCUCGUUUCUAGUUSURGCAAUCGCAUUGUCUUUGUUGUUUKUUUGGMAAARAAGRAAAAGGCAAAAGCCGCCAACAGGAGCUUCACUUGUGGAACCAUUUUCAAGGGUUUCUUAUGGAAGCAUACUCAAAGCUACKGAUGAAUUYUCCGAACGAAACCUGAUUGGGACGGGAACUUUCWGYGCUGUUUAUAAGGGUAUCCUUGWAGCAGGUGRUGCAAUGGUUGCUAUCAAGGUUCUAAAGCUUGGAAACCGAGGAGCUCUGAAGAGUUUUAUGGCRGAGUGUGAAGCAUUGAAAAACAUAAGGCAUCGUAAUCUUGUAAAAAUCAUUACUUCCUGCUCAUCUGUUGAUUUUCAAGGUAACGAUUUCAAAGCUCUUAUUUAUGAGUUCAUGCCAAAUGGGAGUCUCGAAAGUUGGCUACAUCCAUCUCCACGACAAGAAACGGAGACCGAACGAAGAUUAAGCCUUCGCCAAAGAGUAACAGUUGCAAUGGAUGUGGCUAAUGCCAUCCACUACCUCCACCAGGACUGUGAGACACCCAUAAUUCACUGUGAUCUGAAGCCAAGCAACAUUUUACUUGACGAUGACAUGGUUGCUCACAUUGGCGAUUUCGGGUUGGCAAAGUUUCUUCCAUUAAAACCUCAUGAAAGCAGUUCGAUUGGAAUAAGAGGAACUAUUGGGUAUGCAGCUCCAGAGUAUGGUCUUGGAAGUGAGAUGACAAAAGAAGGGGAUAUUUAUAGUUUUGGGAUUUUGUUGUUGGAGAUGAUAACAGAAAAGAGGCCUACAGACGAGGGUUUUGAAGAAGGGUUGAACCUCCAUGGCUAURUGAUGAUGGCGUUGCCUGAUCAGCUUAUGGAAAUCGUUGAACCGGCACUCCUGCAUGACCUGGAGGAAGAGAUGGAAGCUACAAAUGUCAAUCGUCGAUCCGGUGAUGAUGAAGCGAGAAGAUGGAAGAGAUUGGAAGAGGGCAUGAUUUCAUUGGCGAGAACAGGGGUGGCAUGCUCCAUGGAAUCUCCGAGAGAAAGAAUGGAUUCCAGCAAGAUCGUCCAUGAGUUACGUCGCAUCGAUGGCAUACUAGCCGGUAUGGGGACCUAGCCUUGAGGUUUCUUCAUGCAACAUUACUCCCCGUGGACUUCAUCUUUUAUUAUGUACCAAAAGGUUA